GGUCCUUUGUGGCUUCUUGUCUUUGUUGAUCCUUAAGAGCUGGGCUGGAAGGGUUAAACAUUUAGCAAGAUGUGGCGCCUCCCUUUAUGGCUAGUCUUCUGCAUGCAAUAGGAGCUCUCUGUAUUUUCUAUUCUCCCCUCAUAAUGGCUGCAUGGCUGUCCAGUAGACUGGUGAAGAGAAAAUGCAGCUCACUGCUGCUGUGCCCUAUCUCCCUGGCCCCAGUCUGCUCCAGAGGGGUUGCAAGGGUCUCCCCUGCCUCAGGGGCCCUCUCCACCAUCCAGAAAAAGCCUCGGACAGUGGAAGAUCUCCCACAUGUCAGCUUCUUGGAGUUUCUUUGCAGAGUGGUGUUUCAGGGUUUCUACAAACGUAUGCAUGAGCUUCAGAUCUAUGAGAAGCAGCUGUAUGGGCCCAUUUACAGAGACGGACUCAGAUCAAUAUCCUUGAGCACCCCAGAGCUUUUGGCCGAGCUGCUGAGGAAGGAUGAGAAGUUCCCUUGUAGAGGAGACAUGAGUGUGUGGAGGGAAUAUCGUGACAUGAGAGGAUUCGGCUAUGGACCUUUUACAGAGGAUGGAGAGAGGUGGUACAAGCUGAGGGUGGUGCUUAACAAGCGGAUGCUGAAUCCGAAGGACUCGGCCCAGUAUUCUGGGAUUAUCAAUGAUGUGGUUAAAGACUUCACCAAGAAGAUGCGCAGUCUGUGCCAGUGCAGCCCAACAGGAGACUUUGUGACCAACAUUGCCAAUGAGCUUUAUCUGUUUUCACUAGAAGGAAUUGCCUCCAUAUUGUUUGAGACAAGGCUUGGUUGUCUGGAAGAGGAAAUUCCUGGUGGUACACAAGAUUUCAUCAAUUCCAUAGCCCAGAUGCUCUCCUACAACAUGAUAGUGUUUAUUCUUCCCAAGUGGAGCCGGAAUCUGCUGCCCUACUGGGGACGUUACAUUGCUGGCUGGGAGGGCAUCUUCAGCUUUGCCAAAAAAUUGAUUGACAAGAAGUUGGAGAUGAUUCAGCAGCGGGUUGACAACAAGCAGGAUGUGGAGGGUGAAUACCUGACAUACCUACUCUCAAACACGCAGAUGAGCACUAAAGAUGUGUAUGGCAGCGUCACUGAGCUCCUCUUAGCUGGAGUGGACACGACCUCCAACACUCUCACGUGGGCUUUGCACGAGCUUUCCAAGAACCCUGAUAUCCAGGAAAGACUCUAUAAAGAAGUGUCCACUGUGGUACCAUUAGACCGGAUCCCCACCGCUGCUGACAUCACUGGCAUGCCAUAUUUAAAGGCAGUUAUCAAAGAGACGCUGAGGAUGUAUCCUGUUGUUUCUAUGAAUGCGAGGAUCAUUGCAGAAAAGAAUGUUUCUAUUGGUGGAUAUGAGUUCCCAAAAAAAACGCCAUUCACCUUUUGUCACUAUGCCAUCAGCCAUGAUGAGGACACAUUCCCCGACUCGUUCACAUUUAAGCCAGAGCGAUGGCUCCGAGACGGCCGUGAGAGGCCAAACCCCUUCGGCUCCAUCCCGUUUGGCUUUGGAGUAAGAGGCUGUGUCGGUCGCAGGAUUGCUGAGCUCGAGAUGUAUCUGCUCCUGUUUCAACUUAUCAGGCAGUUUGAAAUCAAACCCGACCCCACACUGGGAGAGCUGAAAUCCAUCAGCCGCACAGUUCUGAUACCAGACAAACAACUAAAUUUGCACUUUGUGGACAGAAGAUAAGAAAAGACAGCAGACUGAGUGAUGGUGGUUUGUAUUAAGUCAGUGAGACGGGAGCAGAGGAUUUUAAACCUUUGUAAUCACAAAUUGAAAUGCCUAAACUCAUCCAAUUUUAAAUGUUGUAUCAUCAAAGUAAUGCUAUAAGAGUUCAACUUAACACUGUUCCUCUAUGUAUGUACUGCAGCAGUCAGCUUAUAGUUCUGUAUAUCCAUCCUCUCAUAAUCUCUUAGUGUACUUAGUGAUAUAAUAAUAAUUCUUUAUUUAAAACAGACAGUGCAGUUUAACAUAGUCCAAGUAUAAAACAUAAAACUGAUGUGCUGCACAUAACAUUACAGCUAUAGCUAAUUUUCAACAAUUGUCCCUUGUUGGGCUUACAUUCACAAUACACAGAGUUAAAACAUACAUUUUCAUGAAACCAAAAUACACCAUGAAUACAGCUACAAUUAACAGACAAUGUAAAAACAAACAAACAAACCCCACAAAAAAAAGAUUAAUUGAAAUCACUACAGCUCUGAUUUCCCUUUAACUAACUUUUAACCUUCAAUGUAAAGGAACUAACAUCUGUAAUCAAUUUGAUAUCAGAUGGCAAGCCUUUAUGGAAAACGCUGAUUGUCCAAAUUUAGAUCUGCGAUAUGAUAUUUUGCGGUUGCCAUUCACUAUACUCCUAGUAAUGCGAUUACUAUCUUGUCUUUGGAUGUAUCUAUUAGACACUCUGGGACCAGCCUAUUUAUACACUUGAAGGGUAAUUUAAGACAACACAAGUGAUUGAAGCUCCUAAACUAAGUCAAUUAUAUUUCUUUAAAAUGUGACAAUGAUUCCACCAAACAGAUUUUUUAUCCAUUAUUUUCAAAGAUUGAUUAUAUAAGGAUGCUGAACUGUAGAUGGUGCUGCUUGAGUCCAAACUGUCAUAAAAUAUGAAAAAUGAGAGAAUAUCAUGGAAUGUGUGGAGAUCAGAGAAAUACUUUACUGCUAUUGUUCAUGGUCAUCAUCAUUAUCAUUGCAUUAAUAACAUAAUCUACAGCAUUGAUAUUGUAUUCAGAUGUUUAAACAUAUUGGCACCCAAUUAGCCUUUAUUACAGGUGCAGUUAUAACCACUUUAAACUGUUGAGUUAAAUCGAUAAUCUUAAAUGCUUUGGAAUGCUUUUCAUAAUCUUAAAUGUUUAUAUGUAGAUUACAUUGCAUUAUAAAAGAAAGGCCUAACUCUGAGUACACUCUGUGCCAAAGUAGACAGGAAGCGCAGGCUUUUGCAGAGCGUGCUUGUGAAAGUGAAACUAAAGCAGAGUCUAAGUGUAAGUUAUUUUGAGGAGCUGUUGGGAGGAUGCUAUUUGACUAACCAGGUUAUUCAUUGUUGUCUUUUAUUCAUUUAUAUCUUUUGAUUAAGCUUUUAGUAGAGGUUCUUGAUUAAAAAAUUUAUUCAACAUGUUACAGAUAUAGUUUCAGUUAGGUUAUUACACAUAAGGAUGAGCCUCUGGUCUGGUGGAAAGGUUACAAGGUUUAGCUGGUGAGGUGAGAGGUGAAACUGAGUGCAUUUCAGGUUGACACAUACACACCCACACACACACACACAGUAGAUAGACUCAUUUUUAGGUGAGAGGUUAAUCAUAUUUUGCUUGUGACUGCAAAAUUGUGCCUACAAAAGAACAGUUUGUUGCAGAACUGCUGCUGAUGUUCCAGACGAUAAGCGAGCGUCCGGCAGCGACAGGAAGACACCUGGCAUGGAGACGAGGCGAUGUUGCUUUUUCAAACUGUGUUAAAAGUCAUUGUGGUUUUGAAACUUAUGUAUGUGAUGACGCAUGAGGGGGCGUCAUAAAUUUCCCUGAAGGUAUAAAAACAACUGAUUGUGUAUUGUUCGAGUGAGAUCGAUGCUGUCUGCGUACAGUGUUCAUCUCCCACACGUGUGUUCAUUAAACUCAUCGUUUG